GUCACACUUGUGUUCAGUGAAUACUUGCAGCAGUUCCCAGAAACCACCUGCUUGUAUCAUGUAUGGCAGCCCGCAGAUGUCGUCCUUCUGGCUCACACUUCUGUGUAGCGCGUGUGGGACAACAGGGAUUAGAAUAAUUAACUGCAACAACAACAAGGUAGAAAUAUUUGAAGACUCACCUGCUCCAGUCACGUGUGGAGACAUCACCAGUGUAGCCGAUGUUUACUGGCGACGAGGAGAUGGAGUCAACAUCGGAGAUUGUAGUGCUGUCGGUACCUGUAGUCCUGACUUAUACAACGACUACAGACUCAGCAGGUCACCGCAGUCCACGGAGAGUCAGCUGACCCUUAUCCCUGAUUACCGACGUCACGCGGGUGUCACGGUCACGUGUCAGGACGGAGGGGGUGGCUACACAGCCUCCUGUACUCUCGUCAUCAGACGUCACUCUGAGCUCAGUGAGUGUCACGUGACCACCAACCCUGUGGACUGGACUGUGUCAGGUUCAUGUCGUGUACAACAAGCUUUCUCCUCUGAUAACAUCUACACCUGUACAUGGACUAGGAACACAGGGCAGCAGCCAUUUGGAGGGUUUGAUGCCAGUCGUGAGCUGUGUUCGUUCACACAAGCUCUGCCACAAGCCGGGGGACUGUACACCUACAGCAUUUCUGUGUCUCCUCCUGCUACUACAGCCUUUUCUCAGCAACUGACAAUAGUUGAACCCGGUGACGUAACAACCACGUGUCCACACUGGGUGGUGAGAGGAGGAGACCUGUCCUGUACAUGUCAGACGACAAACACCGCCAGUCCUCCAGCCACAGUGAGAUGGGAGGGACGAGACAGUGAGAAGCUGGUGAAGACUAACGUACAGCGGGAGGACAACGGCACACAGUUCACGUGUCACGUGACAUGGGCUGGGCGUGUCUACACCUCCAUCAACUACACUCUGAUGGUUGCAGGUUCAGGGAAUGUCUCCACAGCAACAGACUCUAUCCUCUCAUCAGCACCGACUCUAAUCGGACCCAUCGUCGGCGCUGUUGUUGCUGUGGUUGUAACAGCCAUAAUAUCCAUUGUUCUCGUUAUUAUCAUCAGGCGACGAAGAAGUAAUUUAAAGAGAGAAGCGCCAGAGAAAACUGCAAAGAUCCAGACUUGCAAGGAUUCUGAGUUCGAGGACCACAUCAACGAGGUGUACGACAGUUCAGAGACUGCCGGACCACACAGCAGCUGCGGUGACAACUACAGGUCACGUGGUCAGGGUACAGACAGGGAAGCCAGUCACAGGAAUAAACAAGAGGUCAGCGCGCAGUAUGAAGACAGUCCGAGUGGAGGAUAUUACAGUGAGAUACGGGAGGUGGGCACUGGCAACACAUACCCUCAGCCUCACCACCGGCUGUCUAUGAACCCCUACAGCAACCGAGACACGGAUGGGACACGUUUCUUUGGAUGUCACAGUCAUCACUGGAUGUCACAGUCAUCACUAAAUGUCACAGUCAUCACUAAAUGUCAAUGAACCCUACAGCAACUGAGACACAGGAGAGAGGAUGGCUAGUAUUUCAAAGUCGCAAAUGAAUAUUGUGUAAGUUGCGGGUAUGUAUGGCCAUUAGUGGCUGACAGCUUAUAGACAUGUUCAUCAGUGGGACAAAACCCUGACGGCGUAUGUUCCAUCAGUUGCAGUGAACUAUGUAAAACUGAAAUACGUGGUGGACAUACUGAUGCUGGUGAUUGUGACUUCCCAUAAUUAUUAUGCAAAUCACAUUGCCGCUGGUUAAUGUCUGCGGAAAUGGAGGACACGUGCUGAUACAUGAAGUGUACAGACAAUUAGCAGUGUAUAAUAAACACUAAGGGGCCAUCAGUUUAUUAAAGACAUCGCAGUAGUGUUCUUGGUUUAUCAGCACAAAGACACAAACAAAAGAAGGAUGGGUGUCUACAGACUCUCACAAACCACAAGCUCCACUUAAAGUACCCUGAUAACCACUGGGAACUUGUCGAGUGAUGUUAAACACAAUAUCAUGUACCAACUUUCAUGUAAGGAUUCCAAGAGAUAAUGCCAAGUACUGAAUCACACCAAAAUUAACUCAUCAAUGGUCAUACAGAAAAGUAGAAUGAAGAGCGGGCUUUACCUCCUACAGGUAAUUUGACCACGUGACCACACUAACCAUUACUCGUGUCUUUCUCGGACAGUACUAAGGGUACGUUUCUACCCGUUUUGAGGGUUUGUCAAGUACAACAACCAACCAAAGUGCUUUUAUCUUCUCAUCCUUUUAAGUUUUGACUGACACGUAAGCUGUUCAUCUGCCGUCCAGCAGCGAGUGAAUCACCUAGGGCUCGUUACACGUUUCUAAAACUUAAAACUGUUCUGAAUAGGAAAAGUUUCUAACUCUUUUUUUCCAAAAGUAUCUUCUGUGUCAUCUAGAUGUUUUGCACAAGCACAUGCUGACGGCACCGACAGUCUGUCUGAAGACGUUUUAUUUUAUUUUAGAAAACAAGUUUA